GCACCCUUAUUGAAGGACAAUUCACUCUAUAGAGAAAUAUGGCUAUAAAAAUAGUGUCUUGCUCAUGAAUGGGUCUGCCAUUUACUUUGUCCUCUCAGUGAUCCAUAUUAUGUGAACCAUAUUCGACCUUCGUUUGCUGCUAUUCAGAUGGGAACAACACAUGUCUGCCUACAUUACUGCAGCACAACUUUGCGACCUCUACCUUCUAUGGACGCUCUCAGCACAUAGCCUUCAAUGACUCUCGCGUCGUUCCAACAUCCCUCGAGCAGGAAAUCCGUCAAUUCUCCCAACCCCAACCGUAUCUCGAAAGCUCGAAUACAGUUCUUUCACCUUCAGUGUCUGCCUAUGCCUACGAAUUCUACAGCUCACUUGGCCCUAAGUCAUCAUGGAAAGGCCUCAGAAAAGACCCCGCUUAUCCUUGGGUGGUCACGGCGAAGACCCGGACGAUAUAGACCUGCAGGAAGCCAGAGCCCAAAAUGACCUCCGCCUCAAAUCGAUCUUUGAACGCAUCUUCGAAAAAUACGGAAAAGAUUUCACAGAAAUUGGGGAUGAAAUCGAUUUACAGACAGGGAAAAUUGUGGUCAAUAAUGGUCACUUGCAGAGAAUGUCCGGCGAAGAUGAUAUUGGGGAAGAGGAUGACGAGGCCGGGUGGUUGUUCAAGGAAGACCUGCCCACGUCUACGGUUCAGAUCUCUAAAGCUACGCUGGCAGGAUCUGUACAUGACUCGGAGGCAGAGACAGGGACUGGCGGUGACGAUACGAAGGAGGGAGAGCAGCUACAGCGCCCGCUUACGUCGCCGCAACCGCUCCCAGCGCUUCGGUUAGGCCGGGCAUAUGAUGAAAAGCAGCCACCUGAGACAGCCGAGGCGGAUUCGGAUGACGAUUCGAAAAGUGUGGAUUCCUUGCUGGACUGUGCAUUGAUCGUCCCCAAUGACUCGGAUAAACCUGAUAGUCAAGCCCUGCCGCUUGAAAAUGAGGCUUUUCCCGCAAAAGCAAAUACUACGGCUGAUACGCCCAUCCAAUCCCCACAGACCCGUGGAGACAAAGCGAACGAGCCAGUGGAGUCUAUCUGGCGCGUCCCUGAGAUUAAAGGCGAGUUCUCGACGCCCAUUUUCUACCGAUCACGCCGCAAGCUUCCUUUGACUGCUGUCCGGUCUGCAUCUCCUCCAAGAGCGGGGUCUCUGUGGGCACUUCCUGGACAAUCGAGGCGCAACACAGACGGCAGAAAAGAAAAAAGCAGAAAAAAGAAACUUGGAGUCAGCCAACGAAAACACAAGCACCAAUCAAGCCCCGUCUUGCACGACUGGUCCUUUGCAGAAACCCCUGACGGAAGCGAAUCGGACGAUCCCCUGCAGGAAGACUAUCAACCAUCGCCAACACCGAAGAACCCCAUUCAUAUCAGGGGCAAAAAUCAUGUCGAAAUCACCCCGAGUCGCACAAAGGAUGAGCGCAGACCGCUUCUCCCUCAGCUGAAUCCUGAUUGCCAAACCACCAUGAAUGCUCUUCGUGGGGGAACAGAGCCCAAGAUCGCCAGCAGCGCAGCUUCACAGUUACAGCCUGAGGCCGUUGAAAAACAUGCAGAUCAGUGCCUUUCCGUAGAUACACCUGUUUCUGCAGCAGAGCAACACGCAGACCCGGUCAUACCGCAGGCGUCCACUCCUACUAGAGCAAAAAGGACACUGAUGACGCCAGACGAGGCAAAACUGAUCGUCCGCAUGAGGCAGAUUGAAGGAAAGAAAUGGAAGGAAGUCCAAGAGCAUCUUCCGCAGCGAAAACUAAUUUCACUCAUCCAGUGGAACCAGACGCAUUGGACUGAACGGCAUGACAAACCGCCUCGAGUCUCCAAACCUUGGUCGAAGGAGGAGGCGGAUAAAUUGCAGACUUUCAAGGACCAACAAGGUUUAACUUGGCCCCAUAUUCGUGCCGCCCUUCCCGGCCGUUCACACGCGGAAAUAGAGUUCGCACUGUUGAGACUCUGGGCUGAGCUGGAUGACGGUUCAAAAGAGACGCGGGAACAGGACGAUCGCGAGAAGGAGAAGGAGAGCGUGUGA